UCAGAGAUUGUUUGCUAAUUAAGAAGAAUGACUCCAAGCACACUCUUCUGUUUGGUAGCAGGAGUGACUGGAGCUCAGCUGUGAUGGUCCCCCAGUGAGGUGCAAUACACUAAUUGGCUCAGAACAUGUUAUUAGGCUGGUUACUCAAGACUGUUGUGAAAGUCUUUGAAAAGAUUCAGGUCCCUGUGUCCAGGAUGUGUAGCGACACUAUCAUAUCACAGUUACCAGUCUUGCACAUUGGAUGGUAUGACUUUUUUUCCCCUGCAUUUGUGAAGCUUUUAUUAUGAUGCGUCUAUGGGAAAUGAAAUGCGAGCUUGGCAGAUUCGCUGAUGUCUGCAAGGCAAGAUAUAAACAUCUUGUCCUGUGCCAGGAAAACUCGAGCAAUUGCUCGGUACCUCCACCCUGAUUUAAAUUAGGAUAAGUGAUUUGUGAUAUGCUCCUGAAGUGAGUCCCUUUUAUGGAUUCAAGGCCAUAUAAACUCCACAGUUGAUAAUUGCAGUGCAAGAGCAUGCAUGGCUUUGGAAGCAGUUAUUGUUCAUGCAAUAACUGAGACAGGCAGCCGACUCUCCUAGGAGGAGCCACUGAAAUCCCAUGAAGAUGAAGGUCAUGUCCCAGUCGGACCUGUUGAGCUUGGCUCUCAGUGGAAACCUUAUGCUCCGGAGAGAAUGAAUGAUAAGGAAAAUAAAAGACUGAACUGCCUUUGUGCCCUAUGAACUGCGCAUGUUCUUUUUCUUGUUGAUCUAGGUUCAGAUAAAUGAGUGAAAUAGUCUUUUAAACUGUGUGUGUCCUUUUCUUUUUCUAAGGAAAAGACUUUUUAAAAUAGUUUUGGAUGUAUUUCAAUAGCAGAGGCACAACACCUAAAUAGGGAGGCAGAGAGAAUAAGCAGAGCUUUGAGUAAUUAGAAGUCAGGUCUGUUGACAGAUGUUGGACUGAGCGUGCAGUUUGACUGGCCAGAGGUCCUGGUCAGGUUCUCCUGCUGUGGAGGCGAGCUGAGGGCGUGCCAAGACAUUCCGCGUGUCACUUUCUGUACAGCCGGCCCACUUCUCUCUUAUUUAGUAAUUUCCUUUAGGGAAAAAAAAGUAAGCGGACUAAAAGGAAGUGAGAUUGCUUACUUGCUGACUUUUCAGUCAGUUCCUUUUAAGAGCUCGGGGAAGAAGGAUUGUACCUGUCUUUCUAAUACUGUCACCAUUUGAAUCUUCUUUUUAUGAAGCAUUUUUAAUUAUUAUUAUUUUUUAAAUAAUGGAUUUUACAAAAAUGCAGGAAGCAGCGGAGUGCAACAUGAAAAUGCAUCCCAUGUGGCAGGGACCCCUCGUGGUACCAGGAGGGGAUCGUCAGUCGCCAAUUGAUAUUGUCGUACGCAAGAGCAUCUUUGAUUCAAAGCUGAAGCCUCUGGUUACCAAAUACGACCCGCAUACUUGCCAACAAAUCUGGAACAACGGUUACUCGUUUCUGGUCGAGUACGAUGACACUACAGACAAGUCCACGCUACAAGGGGGCCCCAUGGAAGACAAAUUUAGGCUUUGCCAGUUCCACUUCCACUGGGGUGAGACCAACGCCUGGGGCUCAGAGCACACCGUGGACAAGAAGCUGUUCCCCGCUGAGCUCCACUUGGUCCACUGGAACUCUGACAAGUACAGUCUGUUUGAGGAGGCAGUGAUGGAGGAUAACGGGCUGGCGGUUAUUGGAGUUUUUCUGAAGGUGGGAAAGAGACACGAGGGGCUGCAGAAACUGGUGGACGCUCUGCCUGCAAUCAGACACAAGAACAGUGUAGUAGCGUUUAACCGGUUCGACCCCGGCUGCCUGUUGCCCACCAACACAGAUGACUACUGGACGUACCACGGCUCUCUGACCACGCCUCCUCUGACAGAGUCUGUUACCUGGAUGAUUAUGAAACAGCACAUAGAAGUCAGCCAUGAGCAGUUGGCUGUCUUCCGGAGCCUUCUUUUCACCUCAGCCGAGGAGGAUAUGCAGAAGAGCAUGGUGAACAACUUCCGUGUGCAGCAGCCUCUCCGGGGCCGUGCCGUCCGCUCCUCCUUCAAUCCCUUCCUGAAGGAGGCGCCAUCCACUGAAGGCGACAAGCACAACCACUGAUGCUGCUAGACCCUUUUGUCUUCUCUUAGAGUAACUCACACAGUGACCACUGUCCACACUUCUGUUGUUUUCCUUUCUUCAUGCUGUCAGAACAUGUUGUUGCUCAUCAACAUCUGAUGCUGGAAGCAGGUUUUUAGAGUGUAGCACAAUGUAGGGGGGAUGUAAGCAAACUGUUUCUGAUUGGUUGCGGUUUUUAUUUUCUUUUACAAUUUGGUUUGACUGUUGCAGACCAAAAGCCAAUAAGGGAUGCUUGCUGUGGGGAAAAAGAAUAUUGAUAAGAAUGGUAUUUAUUCUAUAUUUACAGUCUUUUCAGUUACUGUAUGUAAAGUUUGUAGCUACAGCUGUGUGUAGGGAGUCACACCGAGCUGCAGGUACAAACUUCAUGGUCACAGCUACAGCAGAGAGUGCUCUGAUCUCCUCGCUGUGAUGUUUUUAUCCUUAUAAGGAGGCAGGAGCUACUGUAAGUUUACAACACAAUGCCCUGGAGAUUUUACCAAACCGUCAGGGGGAACGUGCCUCCCCAGUAAAAUACUCAACAUAUCUAAAAUCAUCAGUGUUUUACCACUUGUACCACAAUGUCACUUUUUUAAUUCUUAAAGUUGUAAGAUUUACUGUUUUGUUUUUUUCCAUCUACACACUUUAAACCUUUAGUGUCGUAGCCUAUAAAGAGUUAUUUAUAUAUUAUACUUUAUACAUCUUUGUUUUAUUCGGACAUCCUAUAAUUUAAAGAGUCUGAAAGCUGACUCUAAGCUUUGGUUCUUCUACAUAGAACCUGUGUAAUACGCACAAUCAUGCCUGGUUACUAUAGCACAUACACGCAUCCUGAUUGACCCAGAGUGCAUGUACCUGUGUCACACUGGUGCACCCAGUUACUCUGGCUCACAGUGAUCUCCAUUAGACACUAUAACCGCCGUGCCUUUAAAUGUUCUCUGUGUGGCUCACUGCUUUUGGCAGCUUCACCCUCACCCCUCUCAGGAUGGAAAGUAUCUGUUCCCCCAAGAUAUAGCUCGGGUACAGUGGUUGGUGGUCACUCUCAGAAAUGGUGGAGGCUCAGCUGCUAUUUACUGCAAUGCUCACCUCUUACUUCCCAGACAGGUGUACUAAGAAGUGAAGAGUCAGUUUUCAGUGUUACAAAGGAAGCUCUGUUUGCGCUCUAUACCUACUUAUGGUGAACUCGUAACCUGGUCUGCAGCAGAGUCAGUUAUCAGUUCAGCUCAUUUUGGCUUGGCCAAAAACUAAACUGAUUCCACUGAUCUCUCUUCAUUACAGUAUGGGACGGCAUCAGACCUGCAUGCACAGGUGUAAAGCUUUAAAGUUGCAGCUGUCAUGGUAACCUAAAGAUGUAUUUGCAUAUAAAAUCCCAGAAUUAACAGUUUUCUUCAGCAUUGAGCUUAUGACUUAUUGGUAACAUCACUGUUGGUUUUAUUGACCUCCUGAAUAAAGCAGGCCAGCAGUCUGGAUUAACCACAGUUUGAGGCUUUGUUGAACCAGCCAACACAAAGAAAGCCUGACUAUGUUGAACUUGCUUCAUAGUACACCUGUCUGGUAAUUUGAAUGAAUCGAGUUGUAAUUGGGAGGAAGCUGCUGUCUUUAUUAGUCUCUGUGGUGCAGUUGUUGUGUUUUAACAGAAGAUUAAUCGCACUAAUGUGAUAGAACAAAUCAGUCUGCUGUUUUUGGAUUGGAAGGGGUUUAAAGUUACAGUUAUAUUUAGCAUAAAAUGUAAUGUAGAAUCCACAUCAUCAUUAUUAUUAUUAUUAUUACGAUUGAUGUUUUAAAGCUAAAGACCUUUUGCAGGAUGUACUUGGAUAGGUCACAGGAGGAUAAAUUACCUCUAAUGUUGCAGCAUGUUUUUAUUUUUAUAUACAAGGAUUCCACUAUUUGAGUUUCACCUGUAACCUAUCCAGAGGGGACCUAUUAUGCUUGUUUCCAUCGACAUAUUUUUAUUCUUGGUCUCUACUUGAGUAGCUUUGGUUAAUUCAUGGUUCAGGAUGAAUUUCUUUCUUCUGAUUGGCUGCUGUUCAUAAACAACAGGUGGGUGGGGAUUCUGCACUCACAGAGAGCUGUGUGCCAGAGUGCUUUGUCACCUGUGACAUUGUACAGGCAAAAAUAUCUGCCAUUUAGAGCAGCGAUAAGCCUGUUUUUUGUCUCACAGUGCACCAUUUAAAACUGAAUAUGAAGAUUCAUCAUUUUAGCAUAAUUAUAUGACAGAAUAUGAAGAAAAAAAGCAUAGUAGUUUCCCUUUAAAGAUGUAAACUAGAAUAAAUUAAAAUGAUAUGCAGAUCCAGUGCAGGGACACAAAGGUUUUGAAAUCGGGAACGAUUUUAAUGCAAUGUUACAUCAUCUAGAAAGGUUUAGCAGUUGUCAUGCUUUGGCUCAUGUCCAGCAGCCGCAGUGCUCGAAAUUGGACUGUGCAGCAACGUCAGAAAGCUAAAAGGAAGUUUGAGGUAAAGUUGAGAGAGGAGGAGGGUACUGAUGGAACGAUAGAAGGAGACAUGCAUGCAGAGACCUGUCUGGCUCUGAGAUUGGUCUUAUUUCAGGACUGCAAACUGGAACAUCGCACCAUAUCUGGCCACUUCUAACGUCAUCUGUGUGCAAAGGUUUUCUCCAAUGGCAUACAGUUGCACUGAAGUGGGGUGAGAGGUCAUGGCUGUCUUAAUGAUCCCUCUGUAACAAUGCAACUAUCCAAACUUGCCCUCCUCCUGUCACCGAGGCUCACGUGAUUCUUUAACGCCCUGCUCCAUCUCCCCCGCGGGUCAUCCGUUGGCCCCCCAGUCGAAGCAGAGCACGAAGCUGCACAGCGACUGGACUUCAGUGGACAUGUAUUGAAAAGAUGCGAUGUGCACUGGGUGAUGUUAAUUGUUGUGACGGCUGCAGACUGGCUAGAUAAACAGUGAGGGGCCCGCAGAAGGCAGAAAAGAUUUUAGCGUGAAGUUGAAGUGGAAUUUGAUAUGGUGGUGUGCUUGGGGUUUUUUUCUUCUUCUUUGUUCAGUGUAUUGUACUAACACGGGAGACAAGGGACCCAGUGCUGCCUUCAUCGUGUACAGCUGUAUUUUAUUCAUGUAUUUGAAUUGUGCACCAUCAUCUGCUGUGGUUUUUCAUGGCUUUUUACUCAUGUUGUUACUUUCUUAUGCCUUUUUAAAAAAAAUUGCAGUGCUGUUAAUAUUAACAUAUUACAAUGCUCACAGUCAGUGCAGACUGAUUAUUUAAAUGGAUUGAUCUAUCAAAGUAUGAGGCGCUAGAAAUCUGUUUUUGGUGCUUUUCUUGAUUGACUGCUAAAUAUUAUAUAUAUUUUUGCAUCAAUGAAAUCUAAUAGAAUAUAAAGUCUUCCAUUUUUUUGUGUUUUAAUCCAUAUCAUUGCCUGCUUUUCUAAUCAUGGAGAUACUACAGGUCCUACUGUACUUUAUUAAAAAAUAUUUUGCAUCUUUACUUCAUCUUUCCUAGUCUUCUGUGGCUCACUGUGAUGUUUUAGCAGGUGUAUGAUGUGUACACUGUAUGCAGUGCAUAUUUUAGCUGUUUAUUUGUUGAGUGUGUAGCCCACAUUCCUGCCCUGCAGGGCCCUGCUAGGCCAUCCAGCAGUGCAUGUUGGAAGACCCUCCUGAUCCUCAGGUGGCGAUAUUGAAAACCACCCAACAUCGAUGGAAACAUGAUUGUAGUUAGACUGAUGUUAAUAAAUGAUGUAAAAUAAUAAAGUAUCAUGUGAUGUAAAAA